UCGAUAAACUGGAGUCAAGACGUUCAAGUAGGAAGAGAAGAAGCUAAAGAGUUUGCGGCGCUUUAGGUACUUCUUUAAAAUAAUCUGCUGAUAAUUUCACUCAGUAUAAUGUUAGUCACAGAAAUAAGAAUAUGAAUAAACAGGGAUUCAUCUGAUUUGAGGUGAAACAGCCAAGAGCUGCUGCUGCUCACAAGACUGCGGCAUGUGAUAUCGAUUAGUGAAAACCUAGACGGAACAACUGCUGCUCUGUUCCAGCUCCUGAAUGUCUGCAGAAGAUACAACGUUUACUCAGACAGGUAUAUGUAUCCCUGAUGGAUGAAACCUCCCAGAGAAUAAGUCAAACAAGUGGAGUUGAAAGAAGAUAAAACCACAGUUGUCAGUUUAUUUUCCAUCUUGAGUUGAAUGGUCUCUGCGCUAGGAAGAGCAAACAUGGUGCACGUCUAUAACUGCCAUCCUUUCACCUCGCAGCAGAUUGUACAGGUGGAGCAGGAACCUGGGCUGGUCUGCUGUGGAGGUGGAGCACUGUUCGUGGUGGCGACUGGAGGAUGCAAGGUGGAAGCGUACAGUCUGGAGAAGGAGGGCUGCCCUCUCAUUUGUCGCUUUGCCACCAUGGGCACUGUGAGGAGCAUCCAGCACAGCAAAAUUGGAGACUACCUGGUAACCAUUGAAGAAAAGAACAAUGCCACUUACCUGAGAGCCUACACCAACUGGCGCUACCAGGCGGAGGAGAAAGCCAGAGUUGGAGUGCGUUUGCUGGGACACUUGCUGCGGGGGGCAUCUGUGUGGGGCGGCGUGCAGAUGGAGAUCAUUGAGAUUCCUCUGGCAGAGCGUCCUGUUGCCAUGGCGUGUUGCUCCAUAUCAGGCGACCUUCUGGUUGGCUGCGAGAACACUCUAGUUCUGUUUACUUUGAGGAGACAGAACCAGCAGAACCUUGGUCAGCAGAACCUUCAGAGUCCCUGGCCAAACACUCAGCAGAGCUGCAGUCAAAGUCAAGGUCAGACUUCAACUCAGAAUCUUUCUGUCCUGGAUUUUGAACGGUCCGUCAUCCUGCAUCUUCCAAAAAUGACUCCUAAACAGGUUGCACUCUGUGGGGGAUAUGUGGCAGUGCAGGGAGAGCUGGAAGUUCUGGUCCUAAAACUGGAGGCGGCUCUUAUGCCUGUAACCAUAGACCCAUCAUCAGAAACAAGCAAGAAUGCAGAUUUUCUAGAAGAACAGGGCGACUUCCUGCUUGUUCCUAGACACCAGGAGCUGCUCGGUAAUCGAGCUAAAGACUGUGACAUCCCUGUGAGCAUAGAAAAGACCGGACUAGAGGACAGGGGACAAUACACACUGUCCUACAUUCUUUUUAGGCGUUUUUCUCCAGAGUUUUUCCAAGGCUGCAGUGUGGAGGAGAUGCAUCUCCACUCCCUGCAGCUGUACUCCAUGUUCACCAGUAACCAGUCAGCAUCUCAGGAUGAACCAGCAUGUGUGUUCUGCUUCUUCUCUCUCCCCACUGCUGGUUACUUGUACAGUCUGAAGGGUGGGGUGGAGCUGCUUUCAGCCUAUCAGUAUCCAGAGAAAGUGUUGCAGGCGGUGCUAACGGAUCACCUGCUGCACGUUAUAACAAAAAGUGCAUUGCAGUGUUUCACAGUACGAUGUGCAGCAGUAGCAGCCAGGAUCGAAGACCCUUACAUUGACACCACCAUGAAGGCCUGUCCGCCCUGCAGCCUGGAGGUGUGUGCUCUCAGAAUGCAGUUAUUUAUUGGUUUGCGGUCAGUUUGCGUCUACGGCCGCCAUGUUGUCCUGCUCUCUGCUGCUGACACAGAAACACCAGAAGAAACUGAACGCAGCACACCGCGCAGGGGCUUUGAGUUGAAAGAAAACGACAUGCUGGCUGGUUUUUUCCUUGCGAUGGGAAUCAAUCCCGCAACCACACCAGCUCUGGAGAACCUUCUGUCGCGCCCCUUUCUGAGCAGAAAGUGGACGAUUUCCUCUCCCAAAGAAACCAGUUCAGCCGGACAUGGAUGGAACCUCUAUGUUGUUGAUACGGUGUCUCCCCUCACUCUCUACCAGGAGAUGGUUGAAUACAGUCAGCGCUACGCAGAGACCAACCCACAGGCCCAGAGUCUUCGACACCUCCUCAGCGAAGCUCAUCUCCUCCUCCGUGCCUCCUUGCUGCAAACAUCAGAGCAGCAACAGAGCAGUGGAAGCGACGCUGCCGAGUCCCUGCAGACUCAUUCAGGGGGAGCAGCACAGUCUGACAGACAAGAGCUGGAGGAGGCAUUCAGGCAGAAUUGUGCCCAGCUGGGAGAUUGUUUUAGCAGAGGAAGUCAGAAGGACUGCCACCUGGCUUUGCCUUACUACAGGAUGUCUGGUCUGUCAGUCAUUGAGGUCAUGUCCAGAAACCGCCCGCUUCCCAGCAGUCUUCACUAUGGUCCUGGCUUCCUGUUUUACCUGAAACAUUAUAUGUUAGAGGAGGUAGACCAGAGCCUCGGUCAGGAAGCAGCUGAUGAGGUCGUUGACAUUUUCAGCCAAUCAGAACCAUCGAUGAUCGUCAGCGUGUGUGCCAGCCCAUGCAUGAUAAAUGUCAAUCCUGCCCGAACACUGCAGAUCUUGCAGCAUAUGGAGGAUACAGCCGGAGUGUCGGUACCACUAACAAUCACCAUGGCAACCAUGAUGCUGCGUCUGGGCAAUGUGCCACAGUUUACAGAGCUGUUGGAGCGACACGCAGAGAUGCUGCUGGUGUACGGGUUCAUCGAGGAGCCGAGGCUGCUGCUGCACGGUAGAAGAGGCGACCAGCACAUGCAGAUCCAUCCCACAACGUUGGCCCGACAGCUGGCAAACUCCCAGGCUGGACUGCUGGUGGCUGCCAUGGUGGCUCUACAUGAGAACAACAAAGUUCAGCUGGAACAGGCUGAUCACAUAUUCAAGGAGUUGGGCUGUGAGAACAGCUUACAGGUGGAUUUCUGGGAGGCGAUGCUCAUGGCCUCUUCACAGGAUGCUGUCAUUCAGGAGCUUCUGUUCCGGGUGGCGUCGGUUUACAUCGACCGACUGACAAACUCUGUAGCUGCUCCAAAACACAAGUCACUAAAGAGCUCUGACGAUCUGAUCAACUCAUGCUCUCAUUAUGGUGCUUUGUAUCCCUGGCUCACUGUUCUCAAUCCAGCACACACAACCAACUCCCAACAUCAGGAAGCACUGCACAAACUUCAGUCUCUGCUAUGCGGCCCGUCUCUUUCUCUUGGCUCCGUUGUGCCACUGUUAGAGCAACUGUCAGAGGAAACCUUGUGGGGCUUCAGUCUGCACCUCCUCUGCACCACCAGAAGAGGGCAGUACUCCAGCAGCAUUGAGCAGUUACUGGACAGAUGUCCUCAGGCCAUCAUCGCCUAUGCCAACCACCAGUUACAAGACAAACACAUGGCACUCUGGUGGCAGAAACUGCUACCUGAGCUCUGCAACCGAACAAGAGCAGCCUCAGACAACCGCAUCCUGCUGGGUGCUCUCAAAGAGACGCUGGUUGUUGUCGCUAUGGAGACGUCUCCUGCAGAGUUCUUGGAGCUCAUUCCUGAUGAUGGCACAGCUUCAUACUUUCUGCCUCACCUGUUAACCUGCAGCCAGAGACACUUUCUGGCCUGAGAAACACACUUACACAAACUGGGAACUCAAAUACACAAAGCAUUCAUGAAGGGCUUGAUGAACCUUCUUAGAAAGAUUCGGUGUUAUGUUCAUAGACGUUGGCAAGCUAAAGGAUGAUCUAAGUAUCUAAAAGCUCUGCUUCAGCUCAGUCAUGUGUUUUAGUUUUUAAUCUGUUAAAUCAACUCAGACACUACUGAUAAGACUUAAAAAUAUGCUGGUUUCCUGUUGUAGAGAUAGGGGGAAAUUCCUGAACAUUGCUCUCAGAAGUUCUGCGUUUACCUGCAAAUUAGUUUUUAUAUAUAUUAUUUUUUGGGGGGCUGCACAGUGGUGUAGUGGUUAGCACCAUGGCCUCACAGCAAGAAGGUCACUGGUUCAAGCCUCGGCUGGGGGGAGGUUCGAACUGGGGCGAGGUGGCCCUUCUGUGUGGGGAUUGCAUGUUUCUCCUGUUGUAUACGUUUGUUCUCUCUGGUUACUCUGGCUUCCUCCCACCUUCCAAAGAUAUGCAUAUUAAAUUAACUGGUCACUCUAAAUUCACCCUAAGAGUGAGUGUGAAUUCCUCUCUCUUGUUAAAAGGCUGGGAUAGGCUCCAGCUUCACUUCGACCCGUAAUGGACGAAGCAGUACAGAUAAUAAUAAAUGAACUUUGAGAUUUUUUUAGCUGCUUUAUAUGAAUGUCCUCCACUUUUAGAUAACCAUGUUUGCGGUGGAUUUAUCAUCUGUUAAAUCAGCUGAUCAGAUCGUCAAUAAAAAGGUGGUGCAGAAAAGUCUGAUCCACCUUCUCUGUUUAUAUUCUCCCAGUUAAGAGAAAAUUGCUCUAUUUUAAGUUUUUUUCUUUUCUGUAAGACUAAAACAUUUCCUCAUUUAUCACUUGACUAACCAGUGUUUGGGAAUUUAUCAGUGUAUUUAUAAUGUAUUUAUUAGAUAUAUUUCAUUGAAACUACUGAAAUGGCUUUUUUUCUGAAAUGUUUUUUUUUUUUUUUUUAAUAAAGUGAUUUUAUUUGCAGAAAAAAAAUCCAAAAUGCGUCUCUCUCAUUUAGUAAAUGUCAAACUCAGGUCUGAGGUCAAAGUUGCUGAUAGGACAAACAGAAGACGGUCACUUCCUUUGAUUAAAUACUGAUUACAGAUCUUUAAGUGUGUGGUUUAAUAAGUAACAGAAAUUAAGUAUUACUUGAAGUAAAUACUUUUUCUGUUCAUUGUCCUCAAAUAAAUAAAUAACAUGAUUAGACACUACAUCUCUGCUGUAGAAUCUACUUUCAAAGCUUUUCUGUAGCACUCAUU